UCUGUUUAUUUAUAUUCGUUUUGCCUAAAUACGGCAAGAAGCAGUGGCCAAACGCUAAAAACCAUGCUGUUGUGUGGCGCAUGCGCAGACCCGCGAAGUGAGCGCGUCCCCUCUUGUGCUCGACUGACGUCUCUGCCAGCAUGGGCCUGAUCACAGGGCUGUGCACUUUCUUGUACCACCUUCCUCAGAUUUACAAAUGGCUGCUGAAGCCGUAUUAUAUCGUGUCGUUCUUCCUGACCGUCGCCUUCCUGCUCGUCAGAAAGGCUCCCGGUCUGUGCGAGCACCUGGCGACCCAACGGGAGGACGGCAACUCCUGCGACUUUGACUGGAGAGAGUUGGAGAUUCUCAUGUUUCUCAGUGCAAUAGUAAUGAUGAAGAACCGGAGAGCCAUCACACUGGAGCAGCACAUAGGCAACUUGUUCCUGUUCAGUAAAGUGGCCAACGUCAUCCUCUUUUUCAGGCUCGACAUUCGUCUUGGCAUCCUCUACUUUGCUCUUUGUAUUGCAUUUGUCAUGACUUGUAAACCACCUCUGUACAUGGGCCCCGAGUACAUCAAGUACUUCAGUGACAAGACUAUUGAUGAGGAGCUCCAGAGGGACAGUCGCAUCACCUGGAUCGUCGAAUUCUACGCCAACUGGUCCUCUGACUGCCAGUCCUUCGCCCCAGUCUUUGCAGACCUGUCCCUCAAGUAUAACUGUGCUGGACUCAGAUUUGGGAAGGUUGACAUUGGCCGCUAUGGAGAGCUUUCGCAGAGGUACGGCGUCAGUACUUCCCCUCUGACUAAGCAGCUGCCCUCAGUGUUGCUUUUUCAAGCAGGACGUGAAACCAUGAGACGUCCGAUGGUGGAUAAUAAGGGACGCGCGGUGUCUUGGACCUUCAAUGAGGAGAAUAUGAUUCGAGAGUUUAACCUCAACGAGCUCUUCCAGAAAUCUAAGAAGCUAAGCAAACGUGUUGGUGUGAAGGGAGAGGAGCAAAACCCAGAACUAGAUGAGAGCGACAACGAGUUCUGUUCGGACGAAAACCCGGAACAGCCAACAGAGAAUAAGAAAGACAAGUGAGAGGAAGAGGAUUGGAAGAAGGGCUGCAUGGAGCUUUUCCCCUUCCUCCAGCAGGGCUAAGCUUGAGUCAAGCUACACUAUGCUGUCCUUACUGUGGGAACUAAAUACCCAAAGGAGCUGGACCACAUGUAUUGGUCUGACUGGGUAUGAUGCAGUGGUUUGAGUGCAGCCAUGUGAAACACUAUGCAAUGAUUUGGGAGUGGUUUUACUACAUUCAGUUAUUUAAAAAAAAAACAAUAAAUGUAUUUGUUUUUUUCA